CAGCUGUAACAAAGUCCAUUAUGAAUUUGGGCCACAGAAAGUGCUUUGUGCAUUUUUGGGAGGCCAGACUCAGAUGGAUUGAAUGUUAGAACGGCAGAAAUGGAAGCACAAGGAAGACGAUUCCUGUAUGUGAUAAGGGAGAACAUGAAGCCAACAUUCAGGAUGCAGAAGAUCACAAAGUGAGGAGGCUGAUGUCAUGACAACCACUGUUGGGAAAUGCAGGAAAAAAAUCCCAUGAGUGCUUCAAUGCUUUAUAGGAGUCAUGUUCUCACAAUGCCACUAAAUCUUGACACCACUUUGUUCAUUAUUUAUAUUUAUUGUUUAUUCCUCAUAUCUUGCUCGAUGAAUCAUGACCUUCCUCGACUGUUAAGUGCUUUUCAGACAGCAUGUCUUAAUAUAUGUAAUGAAACUUGGCUGCGUGUUGACAUGUGAGGGGAGUCAGAAUCUCGCUUCCCUGGAAACUGAACUUUUCUGGAAGCAGUGGUGUGGACAUGUGAGAGAAGGAGGGGCUUUGUCUUUCGGGGACUUUAUCAAACACAGGGGGGGAAAGUUCCCCUGCACAGUCCCAAACCACCAACAACACAAAGAGGACUAGACCGACCAGCCGCCUGCCGCUCACCAGAUAUCCGCUCCAGAAGCACCAUGAAGUCUCAAGCGCUCUUUUUCCUCUUGCUUCUCUCCUGCAUGAACCUGAGUCGAGCACAAGGAUCCUUCGGCAACUGCUGCCUUGGCUACGUCCCCAAGAUGAGACCCAACGCGUAUAAAUUCAUCGAGACUUAUCGACUUCAGGAAACAGAUGGGGAUUGCAACAUCAGCGCUGUUGUGUUUCAAAUGAAAAAGCGACGUCAUCAAACCACUAAGAAGACCGUGUGUGCCAACCCCAACGACCCGCUGGUGCAGUUCUUGAUAAAGAAAGUCAACCAGAAGAGACGCUCAGCUCACGACAAGAACAGUCAGUGAGGAGAGGCCUGACCCCCCGGAUCGGCAUCGAAUAUCACCCAGAGCCAGCUGGACUGAAUUAUACGCUCGUGAAUUUGGCAUUUCCUGCUGCUGAAUAAAGAUGUAAAUCAUAUAGGACCAUACACUUAAAAUCUAUACACUUGCAUUUAAAUGUGUCAUUGAUUUGAAUGAUAUGUUUGACUUGCUGUGAAGAGCCCCUUGAUGGCAGCUUUGAAAUGUAGUGUGCGUGUGUGUGGGACUGGUUGUGAGGACACCUCCUAGUGAGGAUACUUGGCUUAGUUAAGACCGUUUCGCUGGUCCCAGCAAGGUUAUGCCUAAAUUUGAGGGUUAAAACUUGGUAACUGGGUUUGAGUUUGAGUCCUAGUGAAGGUUAGGUUUAGGAUGAGAAGCUGGGGACAAACCUCACAACGUCCUAACAAGGAUAGAAAUACUCACUGUGUGUGUGUGUGUGUGUGUGUGUGUGUGUGUGUGUGUGUGUGUGUGUGUGUGUGUGUGUGUGUGUGUGUGUGUGUGUGUGUG